CCCAGGCAACAGCAGAGCCGUCUGGAAAGGGAUGCACCUGAGCAAAAGCACUGGAUCCAGCUGUUUACAGAUGGCGGAAGUGAAGUCGAUGUUCCGAGAAGUCCUUCCAAAACAAGGGCAGUUGUCUGUGGAAGAUGUAACCACGAUGGUGCUGUGUAAACCCAAGCUUUUACCCUUAAAAUCUCUGACUCUGGAAAAACUGGAGAAAAUGCAGCAAGCAGCACAGGAUACAGUCCGCCAACAUGAAAUGGCAGAAAAAGGUGCCCGUGGAAGCACAAGAAGACAUCUGAUCCCCUAGACCUUUAUUCUCAGCACUCAAGAUACCAAAACAGAAAGACUACCAUGAGUUUGAGGACAGCCUGCACUACUUAAAGAGUUAUCAGGCCAGCCAGAGCUAUAGAGAGAGGUUCUGUCUCAAGAAACACUGAAACAUUUUUGUUUGUUUUGCAUUGUUGGGAUUGAACACAAGGCCUAGUAAGGUUUAGACAGGAAACUUAAAAGAACUUUGAAAAGACAAAAUAAAUGUACUCCCACUAAA